AUGGGAGGGAGGGAGGGAGGGAAGGAAGGAAGGAAGGAAGGAAAGCGGGAGGGUCUCCCCGACUGGUGCUCGGCCUUGGGAGGGCCUGUGCGGGGAGAAGGCGCCCUGCGGCCGGGCUGGCGGCCCGCACCGCCGGGGCCUGGCGUCGGGAACGCUGGACCGAGAAAGGGGAAGAAGUUUAACUUUGGGAAAAUUCUCUUCAGCAACACCACCAUUUUCCUGAGAUUUGAAGGCGAUGAAAAAGCUUGUGAUCCUUCCUUAGGUUUCAAUGUUACUUGGUACUUAAGAUAUUCUGACUGCUACAAUGAAGUCUUCAACUUUGGGGAUGAACAAGCAGAUAACUAUUUUGGGGCCACAGCUGAAGAGCAUCCGGGUUGGUCAGGAUACUAUGCCACUGCUUCUCUUCUCUUUCCAAAUUGCUCUGAGCUCUUUAGGCCUCAGAUUUUCUAUAAAGAAUUUGUUCAUCCAGAACCUCUCUCACCUGAGAAACAAGAGGGCUUAAAAGAUAAGAAGGAGAGCACAGGAAAUCACACCAUGGUGACAGAUAAAACUGCAAUGAAUGCUGUUAUGAAAACUUGGCGAGAUGGGCCAUAUAUAUUUAUUGUGCAAAUUGGAAGUACAACUGCAAAGGAUUCUAUUACCAGAGUUAAAAGAAUGGAGAGGACAACACCUUCCUCAUCUCAAAAUAAACUCUUUACAAUGACAGUAGAACUGAAGGGGCCGUAUGAGUAUCUCUCACUUGCAGACUAUCCUCUGAUGAUUUUUUUCAUGGUGAUGUGCAUCGUGUAUGUAUUCUUCGGGGUUCUAUGGCUUGCAUGGUCAGCCUGUUACUGGCGGGAUCUCCUAAGGAUCCAGUUCUGGAUUGGUGCCGUUAUCUUCCUGGGAAUGCUUGAGAAAGCAGUUUUCUAUGCAGAGUUCCAGAAUAUUCGCUACACGGGAGAAUCUGUUCAAGGAGCAGUAAUACUGGCAGAACUUCUCUCUGCUGUGAAGCGAUCAUUGGCUCGAACUCUGGUCAUCAUAGUCAGCUUGGGAUAUGGGAUAGUCAAGCCUCGCCUUGGAGUUACUCUUCACAAAGUUGUUAUGGCUGGAGCUCUUUAUCUAUUAUUUUCUGGCAUGGAAGGUGUUCUUAGAGUCACAGGGGCCCAGAAUGAUCUUGCCUCCUUGGCUUUUAUUCCCCUGGCUUUCCUAGAUACUGCCCUGUGCUGGUGGAUAUUCAUCAGCUUAACUCAAACAAUGAAGCUGCUAAAACUUCGAAGGAAUGUUGUGAAACUUUCUUUGUAUCGGCACUUCACGAACACGCUCAUCUUGGCAGUAGCAGCAUCUAUUGUAUUUAUCAUCUGGACCACCAUGAAGUUCAGGCUGGUGGACUGUCAGUCGGACUGGCAGGAGCUAUGGGUGGAUGAUGCCAUCUGGCGUUUAUUGUUUUCAAUGAUCCUUUUUGUCAUCAUGAUUCUGUGGAGACCAUCUGCUAACAACCAAAGGUUUGCUUUCUCACCACUGUCAGAAGAGGAGGAUGAUGAUGAGCAGAAAGAACCAAUGUUAAAGGAAAGCUUUGAGGGAAUGAAAAUGAGAAGUACAAAGCAAGAACCAAAUGGGAAUGUAAAAGCAAACAAAGCUCAAGAAGAUGACCUGAAGUGGGUAGAGGAGAAUGUUCCUUCAUCAGUGACAGAUGUUGCUCUUCCAGCUCUUCUGGAUUCAGAUGAGGAAAGAAUGAUCACACACUUUGAAAGGUCCAAAAUGGAAUGAAGGAGUAGCUUUUUGCUACUGGAAGUGGAGACGCCUCUUUUAAAGUUGCUUGGUGGAGCAAGUGCAUCCUGCUGAUUUGUUUGUUGAUCUCAGCCUUGAAAGUUUGAUGCUUUACUGUCGUGGAGGGUGUCUUGCUGUGGAAGAAGUUCACAAGGACAUUAUAAACCUUUCAGAAAUUUGAAUUUACAAAGUUGCUGCGAGUUUGGAUUUUUAAGCAAUUUACAUAUGUACUAUUCCAGCACCUUCUGUAACUUUUCAAAUAUUUAAUCUGUGAAACUAAAAUUCCUAAUGUCUGUUUGAGGA